AUGGAAGCACACCGCUCUUUGUAUAUUCAGGGAUCAAGUGCAAGCCAACUCAGCACCCCUGGUGCUUUUGGUGCACUUUCAUCACCUUUACCAGUUCAUCUUUCCACCUUUGAAGAGAAAUAUCCUAGCUUGCCUGAUUCUCUGCUACUUUACAUGCAAAGGGAACUUAAUGCAAAUCCUAUGGCUUUUUACUCUUCUUUACCCUCUAACAAUGGGGUUGUUGGUCAUAUGUUCUCAUCGACGUCCGGAUUUUCCAAUGAUUUUCAUUUUCCUUCUGUUGGACCUCCUGAAAACCAUUCAAGAAAGUCUGCCUAUCUUUCUCAGUUAUCAAAUGCUGGGGCAUUAUUGCCGCUAACCACUUGUCAUCCUAGAAUGCUCCAAUCUACACCAUUGAACAACAGUGGUUCCUGGUUCACUGAUCCGUUACCAGACUUUUUCAACUAUCCCGUAAAUACCCCUAUCAAGAUCAAUCAAGUUGGAAGAAACAAUAAUGGUGGUUGUCCCAUCCCAAGUGAAGACCAUAGUAAGAGAAACGACUGGCAAGAUUGGGCGGACGAGCUAAUCCAUGAUGAUGAUUCCUUGACUGCUAAUUGGAAUGACCUUUUUGUUGACAGCAAUGUUGAAGAUUCACAGCCAAAGAUGGCUUAUCAGGUGAUGGAAUCAUCUACAAAUUUUUUGGCACCCCAUCCCCAAGUACUCCAGAUUCCAACUUCUUCUCGGCAGUCUUCUUGUGCUAAUAACUCCACAUCCUCACCAAGUGGUGCAUCAACUAAACAGCGCAUGCGUUGGACGCCUGAACUCCAUGAGGCCUUUGUUGAAGCAGUCACUAAGCUUGGUGGCAGUGAAAAAGCUACUCCUAAGUGUGUACUGAAUGACAUGAAAGUUGAACGUUUGACAAUUUAUCAUGUGAAGAGCCACCUGCAGAAGUAUAGAACAGCUAGAUACAGACCAGAGUCAUCAGAAGGAUCUUCAGAGAAAAAGUUGGCUCCAAUUCAGGAAGUGUCAUCUCCGGACUUGAAAACAGACAGUCCUUCACCCAUUGUAGCUUCGACCUCUGACAUUUAUGUGAACAGGGGUACUGAGAUCACUGAAGCACUACGGUUACAGAUGGAGCUCCAGAAACACCUGCAUGAACAGUUAGAGUUUUCAGAUGGUAUAUGUGGCUUAAAAAGUGUCAAGACUUUGUUUGGGUUUUCUUUCCUCAUAAUUGUCGAGUGUCUCUUGGUCAUUGACUCAUUUACGGAUUGUUAUUAUUGUCAUCUACAUACUUAUGAUGGCUUGCUGGAGAGUCUAGUCCAGUUUUAG